UCUCUCAAGAGAAAGGCUGGCUAGUUCCUCGGCACUACACAAAGCGGCCGGCAGGGAUAGCUAGCUAGCCAUGGCGCCAGCAUUGCCUUGUAGGCCAAAGCUUCGGCUCCUGUGCGUAGCCUUGGCCUUCCUCCUGGCCGUCGAUAUAGGCAGGGCGGACAUCUACGAGGACAUCGAGAUCAUAUGGAGCGCCGACCAUACCUACUACUUCAUGGACGGCGAGAGCGAGGCGCUGGCGCUCUCGCUGGACUAUAACCGGGGCUCCGCCUUCAAGUCCAAGGAAAUGUACCAUUUCGUCCGCAUCGACAUCGACAUCAAGCUCAUCGAAGGCAACUCCGCCGGCACCGUCUGCACUGUCUACACCAUCUCGGAAGGGCCGUGGGAGGUUCACGACGAGAUCGACCUGGAAUUCCUGGGCAACUCCACCGGCGAGCCUUACACGCUCCACACCAACAUCUUCGCCAACGGCGUGGGCGGCCGGGAGCAGCAGUUCAAGCUCUGGUUCGACCCCAGCUCCGAGUACCACACCUACUCCAUCGUCUGGAACCCCAAGCGCAUCACGAUCGAGGUGGACGGCGUGACGGUCCGGACGUUCGACAACAACGAGGACCAGGGCGUGCCGUUCCCGUCGUACCAGCGGCAGCGCGUGUACGGGAGCCUGUGGAGCGCGGAGGACUGGGCGACGCAGGGCGGGCGCGUCAAGACGGACUGGUCGCUGGCGCCCUUCGUCUCCUACUACCGCAACUACAACGUCACCUGGUGCCAGCCGUCGCCCGGCGUGCUGUGGUGCGGCACCGAGCCCGCCGAGUCCACGCACUUCAACCUCUCCCCCAAGGCGCUGGCCGACCUGCAGUGGGUGCGCGACAACCACUACGUCAUCUACGACUACUGCCUCGACAGGAGCAACCGGUACAACGACGCAACCAGGCCCAAGGAGUGCUCGCUCCCGCCCCGCCCGUGAGGAUCCUUGGUUUGGGGCGCUGCUAUAUAUCGCUUUAAGCGAUCGCGCCAGCUCUCCCCGCUGGUCGUUUAUCUGUCCGGAUUUUUCACAAAGAUUUUUUUUUCAA